AUGAGUGAUUCUGCUUCAAAUCAUUUUUCUCAACCAACGAAUCAUCCAGCAAAAUCAAGCCUACCCAUGUUGUAUUACGGCCUUGUGGUAAUCGGAACGGCGGCGAUUGUGUUAGUUCUUUACAAUUUCAUCGUUAUCAUGUGGUGUUCCGACAACCGUCGUGGCCGAGCUUCGCCGGCGCUGGCUGGAAGUUAUGCGGAGAUGGUGAAUUCAAGCCGUAGCUUGCAGAGCUCGAAUAGGAAUCUGUUGUGCAGCUUUAAGUUCAAGAAGGGGUCUGCAGCGGCGGCGGUGGAAGAAGAAGGGAAUGGGAAUGAAUGUGUGGUUUGUUUGUCGGCGUUUGAGGAGGGGGAAGAGGUUAAGAAAUUGCCGAGAUGUCUGCAUAUGUUUCAUGCUCGUUGUAUAGAUAUGUGGCUUUUUUCUCACUGUGAUUGCCCCCUCUGCCGUGCUCCGGUGGCGGUGCCGGGGUUGAGCAAACGCCAAACCGCGGCGGAGCAACAGGGGAAUUCAGGGCAUGGGUUGCCGGAAUCCGGUGGCUUGGUUUGA